AUGCGCAGAUGUCCUUUUAAGAAUGACAAGCCAAUGAAGAUUGAAGCUCAGGAGGGAAGCUUUCACAUCUCCACAGCCAUAGAUAGUACAUGGAGGGCCUACACCAAGCUGACAGAUAAUGUGUUUGAACAAAUCCUCAACUCCACCUCCAAGGAGCUGGCUGAGGCAAGGCAGAUUCUAGAGAAGGUCACCUCUCGGGACCUCUACAAGUUUCUGGGCGAAAUGCAUGAGGAGACCACCAUGGCGAUUAGUGAUAUGAAAAAGGAACUGGCUAAAGCACUUCCUCCAAGGAACACUGCAAAUGAGCUGAAACCAGAGGACUUUGUUGUUAUGGGGCGUAUAAGAGAUUCGGCCCAGUUUUCCGCACAAG